CUCGUGUUUAGAGCUUAUACUCCAUUUUCAUUUAAAAAGCUCAUAAAUUUCAGCUCAAAUACUCAAUAAAAAAAAAAAGAGUACUUUUGACAUAUCAUUUUUCAAAAGUUUAGUAUCCUUUAAUAAUUUUCUCAAAAAAUAUACUUUGUGGAUAUGAGGUGAAUCAAACAUAUAUGAUAUGAAAUAAUGGGAUAUAUACGAAUAAGAGCUCAUACCAACCAUCUAAACACUACUAACAGAUAAAACUCUUCAUACUUCUUCAUACCCAAAUCCGCGAAAACCAAAAUCGGUGCAGUAAAAAAACUGAAAACCUAUAAAAUUUUACCCCUCUUUAAUUACCGUCCAAAUCAUAAGCUUAUUGCUAACAAGUAACACAUAACGAUGCCCUUAGUGGGACAGAGCAGAGCACCAGACUACCAGAGUCUCGAAGGGCUCGAAGGGGAGAAGAGAAACCGGAAGCGAUUGUGAGGGUGAAAUCAUCAGAAUCAGAAAACCCUAAAUUAAUGUAUUCAAAUCACUAUCAAUUUUCAUCAUUCCAAUAAAGAAUUUGAGAAUUCUGUUCUGGUUUCAAUCUGAAACCUAACAAUGGCGGCGACAACAAUCUCGAUGGAACCUGUUGAACGACAAUCACUUAAGAAGCUUACUUUCAAGUCUCUUAAACGUUCUCUUGACAUCUUUGCUCCCCUUCAUUCUCAGUUUCCUCCUCCUGAUCCCGAAAGUAAAAAGAUACGGUUGAGUCACAAGAUAAAUGUAGAAUACGGUGAGAUUAAACCCGUUUUGACGCUGCCUCAGCCUAGCAAGCAAAUUCAAGGGCGUUCUUCAACUCCUUCCAAUGCCCUUGCUCUUCCUGCUCCUGAAGAUGCACAAAGAGGAGUUCAUAAUGCACUAGUUGUUGCUCCUUCAGCUGCACAACCUAGACUGAAUGAAGUUGGUCCUAGUAAAAGUGCGAUUAUUCCUACUCUGAAUUCUGAUAGGUUUUCAACAUCUGCUCUUAUGGAGCGAAUUCCUAGUAGAUGGCCUAGACCAGUGUGGCAUCCUCCUUGGAAGAACUACAGGGUAAUUAGCGGCCACUUGGGAUGGGUGAGAUCGCUUGCCUUUGAUCCAAGUAACAAUUGGUUUUGCACUGGUUCCGCAGAUCGUACAAUUAAGAUAUGGGAUGUAGCAAGUGGGAAAUUGAAACUUACUCUUACAGGACACAUUGAACAAGUAAGAGGUCUUGCUGUCAGCCAGAGGCAUACCUACAUGUUCUCUGCUGGUGAUGACAAAAUGGUGAAGUGUUGGGAUCUUGAGCAAAAUAAGGUAAUUCGGUCUUACCAUGGCCAUCUGAGCGGAGUAUACUGCCUGGCUCUUCAUCCAACUCUUGAUAUAUUGCUGACCGGGGGUCGUGAUUCGGUUUGCCGGGUUUGGGACAUCCGUAGCAAAACACAAAUCUAUGCCUUGUCAGGUCAUGAAAACACAGUUUGCUCUGUGUUCACUCGACCUACGGAUCCUCAAGUGGUGACAGGUUCACAUGAUUCAACCAUAAAAUUCUGGGACUUGAGACUUGCUGGCAAGACCAUGUUAACACUGACACAUCAUAAGAAGUCUGUCCGAGCAAUGGCCUUGCAUCCUAAAGAGAAUAUGUUUGCAUCUGCUUCUGCUGACAACAUAAAGAAGUUCACCCUUCCAAAAGGAGAGUUUAUGCACAACAUGCUGUCUCAGCAAAAAACAAUCAUCAAUGCCAUGGCUGUCAAUGAGGAUGGAGUUAUGGCUACAGCAGGUGACAAUGGAAGUCUUUGGUUUUGGGACUGGAAGAGUGGUCAUAAUUUUCAGCAAGCUCAUACUAUCGUGCAACCUGGUUCGCUGGAUAGUGAGUCUGGUAUCUAUGCUCUCUCGUAUGAUGUUACUGGCUCAAGGCUGGUGACUUGCGAAGCUGAUAAGACUAUCAAAAUGUGGAAAGAAGAUGAUACGGCUACCCCUGAAACUUAUCCUCUCAAUUUCAAGCCACCUAAAGAUAUUAGACGCUUUUAAUUGUUGAUGACUCUUGUAACAUGCUCAACUUGAAUCUUAUCGCUUCCAUUAACCCUGUCAGUUUUACGUACUAGCAAUGAGAUUAGUUCUGUAAGCCUUUUUGCGUUGAUCACUUGCUAUUUAGGGAGAUUUCCAUGAGUCAGAAAAGUCUGAUCACUCGAUACGACAUCAAGCUAUUUAUAGCUGUAUUUCAGAUAAUGUUUGAGAAUCCAUGAGUCCUUACUCUUUCAGCCUUACAUCGGAAGAUAUUACUUCUCUCUCUAUUUAUCAAAAUGACUAUUUCUCCA